AUGGCGUCUCCGCCCAAUACAGAGCCGCCACGGCGUGCAGCAACAAACUCCAGGGACAAAGACGCAGGCCUAUCGCAGUCACUCAGCCAGCUGUCACUCGGCCAGCGUGGCCCGCGAUCCCCCGGAUUAUCGCCAUUGCCCUCUCCCUCGACGCCGCUCACGCCUUUAAAUCUCUCUCGCCAUGCCUCUCCUUCUUCGUCUGCUCUCACUCCCUCUCUCAGUCCCUCAGGCAGAGAGUCGCGAGCCGCAACCCCAACCCUCGUCCGCAAAGCCUCGAUGAACUCCCUGCACUCGGCAAACGGCGUCGGCCCUUCGCGGUCUUUAUCCAGGCGCUCCAGCCUGGGGCAGGUUGUUUCACCGGGCUUGAGGGCGUCGUUUGGAACUCCCGAGCCUGAGUGGCGGCCGCCAGUCACGCCCAGCUCCGUGGCGAGCGGCCACUUCAAGGAAGAGCUCGAGGCCCAUCACGGGCCCGUGUCCACGCUCUACACCGAGACGGUGGUUGUGCUCAACGAUGCCGUCUAUGGCCACCGCUUCGCGCGCCCGCGCACCCCCAAGAGUGCCCUCAGCAACAUUGUGGAGCGGCCUGAGCGAAUCAAGGCCGGCAUUCUGGGCGUGGCCGCAGCUUAUGUGCGUCUUGGUGAGCGUCACAGUGAUGGUGCGCUGCCCAUCCUGCCAAAGGGCAAUGUUCACAUGCUGCCCAGCAUCCCCUUUCGCAUCCACAAGACGGACCGGAGGCUGCCGCUGCUGUCCCCCGCCGUCACCAACGUGCAUGGCACCAAGUGGAUGGAGGAGUUGAAGAAUAUGUGCGAGUCUGCAGAGGCGGUCUUGGCUCGUGGAGGAAAGGAGCUGCAGAGAUCUGCCGGGACUGCAACGGCGGAGAAGCUUCACGAGGGCGACUUGUACCUCUGUAGCGAGUCGCUAGAUGCCAUCGAGGGUGCUCUGGGCGCUGUGUGUGAGGGUGUGGAUGCCGUCUUCUCGGCUGGGCCGCGCCGUGCAUUUGUUGCCGUCAGGCCUCCGGGGCAUCACUGCUCGGCCAACCUCCCAUCUGGCUUCUGCUGGGUCAACAAUGUCCAUGUUGGAAUUAUGCAUGGCAUCCUGAACCACGAACUGACUCACGCUGCCAUCAUUGACUUUGACUUGCACCACGGAGAUGGCUCUCAGGCCAUUGCUUGGGCGCACAACUCUCGGUCAAUGGCUGCCACCAAGAGUCAUGCCGCCUGGAAGAGGACAUCCAUUGGUUAUUUCAGCUUGCACGACAUCAACUCAUAUCCUUGCGAAAACGGCGAGGAUGACAAGAUUAUGAAAGCCAGCAUCUGCAUCGAGAAUGCCCACGGUCAAAACGUCUGGAACGCCCAUCUCCAGCCAUGGAAGACAGUUGAAGAUUUCUGGGACCUCUAUGAGACUAAAUACACGAUACUUCUCGACAAGGCUCGCAGCUAUCUCAAAGCGCAGGCAGAGAAGCUACAAGACACAGGUGCCAAACCGCGGGCCGUCAUCUUCCUGUCUGCUGGCUUUGACGCCAGUGAGUGGGAGAGUGCUGGAAUGCAGCGUCACAAGGUCAAUGUGCCAACGGAGUUCUACGCGCGACUUACUCAAGAUAUUGUUCAGCUUGCUGCUGAGGAAGGCCUCUUUGUCGAAGGUCGCAUCGUCAGUGUCUUGGAGGGUGGCUAUAGCAACAGGGCCUUGACUUCGGGCAUUCUCAGCCACCUGAGCGGUCUUGUUGGGAAGCAAAACGUGCCUCGUCAGGGCCGCCUUUCUUUCGGGCAAAGUGCCUACAACGACGAUGACGAGUACUUUGGACAAGCGUUAUCUUCCAUAAACCCUUACGAUUCUUCGUGGUGGUCGGCUGAUGAACUUGAGAAAUUGGAGGCCACAGUAGGACUCCCUGUUAUCACGCCAAAGAAGCCGCGUAUGGUUACUCCUCCAACCUAUUGUACACCGACCCAAGCUUCUACGGCAAGGGCCGUGGAUCCCCUCAAAAUGCGACGAAGCAUGUCGACGCUGGUCAACAGGUCUACCGCUUCUAGCCGAUCUCCAUCUCCCUCGCCCCCUGAGGUUCCGUGGACGGUCGCUGCCAACGAGCUCUCAAAGCUCCUCAUACCACAGGAUCGCCAAACCGACAGCUACACGGCCGAUGACUUGAAUCCAGAGGCAGCUCGCGCGCGGCAAAGUAGGCAAUCCACCGCCACACCGGAUCUCGAACGAUCAACAUCAAGAAUGUCGCUUCGUGACCGCAAGCCAAGGGCUAUUGAUCCCAUUCAAGAGGAGAACAGUGCUCGGCAGACAAGGGACCGGAGACGAACUGUAGGGACUCCAGCAAUUGCGGCAGAAAAGGCAACUGCUCGCGGCCAGACACCGCAGCCUCUUAUUGGCUUGCCUCCCAAGGGGAACAAUCGUCGGCUUAGCACGUCAUCCGUUGCUCCCACGCAACAGCGUAGCGUCUCUCGUACCGCUACGAUCAACGAGGAGUUACCGCUUCGCCCUUCAACAUCUGCGGGUCCCGUCUCAGGGAGGCCUAUCUCAAUGGCAGGCAACCAAGCGCAGAGCUCCGGUUCUACCGGAAGAAUCACUGUUAGAAGGUCACGGCCGACGACGGCUCAUGGCGAGCCGGCGCUCAGGUCACCAAUGCAUGAAGCCGGAAAGGAAAGUCCUGCAGAAACAACUACAGCACCUGCAGUUUCAAGGCUGGACGCUACUAUUAACGACAUGGAUAAGAUCACCAAUGGUAUCAAGAAGAUCAAGAUCAAUUUGAUCACCCAAUCACAAAAGGAGGCACGGGAAAAGGCUCGCCUUGAGGCCGAACAAGCCGCAGCUGCAGCCGCAGCUGCCGUCGCCAAGUCAGAGUUGCGCACGUCAUCUGCCAGCACCAACAGAUCCGUAGAGUCUAGCGGCCUCAAGACGCCCAACAGCUCCAGGCCCACAAUCAAUGCCGCGUCCCCAGAUGGCACCAUGCCGGCGCUAUCAACCGCUUCUGAGAGUAGCCUAUCAACGCCCAAUUUGGAGCAUUUCACGCCACGAACUGUCUCCCCAGAAUCGAGACAGGCUGUUCCAAACGUGAGCUCCCCUCGCUCGACGAAGGCGGUGGAUGAGACGGCCGACUUUUACCAGUACCAGCCUGAAGGGCCGCCCCCGGUCUCAAUUGCUUCUCAGGAGCCGCUGAAGUGGAUGCCCCCGACACUGCCGGCUGGCAACCCAAUGGUCAUGCCUGGCCUCCUUAAGAAAAAGAGCAGCGCACUUUUCCAGUAUGGUAGCAGCGGAACCAUUCCCUUUGCUCCUAAGCAAUCGGCCAACCGCAGCCCCUCACCCCAGAACAAGGCUCAGAGGAAGCCAAGUGGUACCAUCCCACCGAGGAAGUAA